AUGUUCCCACACGCCAAGCGUACCUGUAUAUCAGGCCAUUCGGUCUUGGGCUACACGCCUCCAGCGAGUAUCCUUUGCUUGUUCGAUGCAUGUAGACCAUUUCACCGAAGGUUGCCCAAGUGGUCAUUUACAUGGGUACCAGCCGCCAGUGUGCACUGUCCACCGACUUUCUGCAGUGUGCACUGGUUGCCAUUGGUUGAUGUAUUGUUCUUACAGCGUAUACUGGCGGCGUUGCGAACUGGGAUGGAAAUAAUGAACGAUUUGUGGACUGUUCGGACCGGCAGCCUGCUUGUUGUGGGGAUUCCGCAUACCACCAGUCUGCAAGAGAUCAAUGAAUACUUCUCCAGAUGGGGUGUCGUUCGAAGUCUGAUCGUCAAUGCUGAUAUCACAGCGCCAGGACUUGCUGAUUACGCGUUCGUCUACUAUAGUUCGUACGCUGAGGUAAGCGCGAAGUUUAAAACGGCUGCUUGCACUUACACAGCAGUACCUCCGAUAAGGGGAUGA